GGCAUCACUGUCUUGUCAGAGUCUUUAUAAAAUUGUUUACAAACUGCGUAAAUGUAUUUAAAAUUUUGCCGCAAAUAUACUAAAAAUGUUGAAAAACAAGCUAAAACGUAAAUUAAUUGAGGUGCAAAAUGGCAAAGAAACAAUCAAUGUUGAACCACAGAAACAAGUGCUGGCUACAUCACCACUGUUUCCAACACCUCUUUGGCAACAAUUUUUUGAAAUUGAAGCAGAGCUCAAUGAGCAAUUACUGCCUUUUAAUUCAAUACCAACCAUCACUCACAUAUACAAUCCAUUGGAAUAUGCUGCAAAUAUACAUUGUGCUUAUUUAAAUAAAUAUUUAACUAAACCGAAACGUUUGGUGUUUGUAGGCAUGAAUCCUGGAGCGAAUGGUAUGGGACAAACAGGUGUACCAUUUGGUAAUAUAAAAACUGUACGUAAUGUUAUGCACUUGUCUGGAGAAGUAAAACAGCCACCAAAUGUACAUCCAAAACGUUUAGUAACGGGAAUGGCAUGUACAACUGAAGAACCCAGUGGUGUACGUAUAUGGGGAUUAUUUCAAAAAAUUGCUCAUGGUUCGUUAGAUGUAUUCUCUGAACUAUGCUUCAUGCAUAACUUUUGCCCUUUAAUGUUUUUUGAUCGCAAUGGUAAAAACAUAACGCCAAGUGAAUUAAAAGGUGAUGCUAAAUUGGAAAUACGUCGAAUUUGCUUAAAUGCUUUUGAUAAGGAAAUGGAACUUCUAAAACCUGAAAUAAUUGUUGCUGUUGGUGAGUAUGUACACACAAGCCUCAAAAAUUCGAAACAUUUUGCUACUACAAAAAUCUUAAAAUUGGCUCAUCCAAGUCCACGAUCAUUGAACAAUCAAAAUUGGCCAGAAAAAGCUGAAAAAUGGCUGAUUGAAAAUGAUUUAAUUAAGUACUUAAGAAAUGAGUUAUAAAUAUCAUAAUGAGUAUGUCUACAGUAAAACUAAACUUAAGUUCCUUUACAAAUCAGUUUUAUAUAUUGUAAGCUAGUAUUUAACAUAUGUUCAUACCACAUAUUAAGCAAUUAUUUUUGUACAUACAAUAGAAA